AGGGCUGACAAUGGGAAGGGGAGGAAGGGCUGCGACAAGGACACGCAGCUCGGGGUGCCCAGCCCUCCCCACCGGCUGGAACGAGCAAGUGCCCGAGCAGGGCCAGGACAGGUUCAGCUACGACUAUGACACCAUCCGCAACGGGGGGCUGAUCUUCGCCGUCGUGGCUUUUGUGAUCGGGCUCCUCAUCAUCCUCAGCCAGCGGUUCCACUGCGGAGGGAGGAAGAAGAGGAGACAAGGGAGCGAGGAAGAGCUGUAGGCGCAGAGCUGCAAUGCCACCGUGGAAGCGGAGCUCCAGCCGAAGCCCAGGAGUCCUGGCCAGUGGCCAUCCCUCAACCCGCUCCAGUGGAUCCAUUACCCCGCAAGGCCACAACGCAAAUUACCCUCGUGCUUCCCCCUCUCUCAGACACAGCAAGAGUUCCUUGGCUAAUAAAGUUCAAGC